AUGAAGGAGUGUGAAAUUGUCAACGAGUGUGACAUUGUGAAGGAGUGUGACAUUGUGAAGGAGUGUGACAUUUUGAACGAAUGUGACGCUGUGAACGAGUGUGACACUGUGAACGAGUGUGACACUGUGAACGAGUGUGACAUUGUGAACGAGUGUGACACUAUGAACGAGUGUGACGCUGUGAACGAGUGUGACACUAUGAACGAGUGUGACGCUGUGAACGAGUGUCAUAUUGUCAACGAGUGUGACAUUGUCAAGGAGUGUGACAUUGUGAAGGAGUGUGACAUUUUGAACGAAUGUGACACUGUGAACGAGUGUGACGCUGUGAACGAGUGUGACAUUGUGAACGAGUGUGACAUUGUGAACGAGUGUGACAUUGUCAACGAGUGUGACAUUGUCAAGGAGUGUGACAUUGUGAACAAGUGUGACGCUGUGAACGAGUGUGACGUUGUGAACGAGUGUGACACUGUGAACGAGUGUGACAUUGUGAACGAGCGUGACACUGUGAACGAGUGUGACACUGUGAACGAGUGUGACAUUGUGAACCAGUGUAACAUUGUGAACGAGUGUGACAUUGUGAACGAGUGUGACACUGUGAACGAGUGUGACACUGUGAACGAGUGUGACACUGUGAACGAGCAUGACAUUGUGAACGAGUGUGACACUGUGAAAGAGUGUGACAUUGUGAAGGAGAGUGACAUUGUGAACGAGUGUGACACUGUGAACGAGUGUGACAUUGUGAACGAGUGUGACAUUGUGAACGAGUGUGACACUGUGAACGAGUGUGACAUUGUCAACGAGCGUGACACUGUGAACGAGCGUGACAUUGUCAACGAGUGUGACAUUGUGAACGAGUGUGACACUUGUGACAUUGUGAACGAGUAUGACAUUGUGAACGAGCGUGACAUUGUGAACGAGUGUGACAUUGUGAACGAGUGUAACACUGUGAACGAGUGUGACAUUGUGAACCAGUGUAACACUGUGAACGAGUGUAACACUGUGAAGGAGUGUGACAUUGUCAACGAGUGUGACAUUGUCAACGAGCGUGACAUUGUGAACGAGUGUGACAUUGUGAACGAGUGUAACACUGUGAACGAGUGUGACAUUGUGAACGAGUAUAACACUGUGAACGAGUGUGACAUUGUGAACGAGUGUGACAUUGUGAAUGAAUGUGACAUUGUGAACGAGUGUAACACUGUGAACGAGUAUGACAUUGUGAACGAGCGUAACACUGUGAACGAGUGUGACACUGUGAACGAGUGUAACACUGAGUGUGACAUUGUGAACGAGCGUGACAUUGUGAACCAGUGUAACAUUGUGAACGAGUGUGACAUUGUGAACGAGUGUGACACUGUGAACGAGUGUGACAGUGUGAACGAGUAUGACAUUGUGAACGAGCGUGACAUUGUGAACGAGUGUGACAUUGUGAACGAGGGUAACACUGUGAACGAGUGUGACAUUGUGAACGAGUGUAACACUGUGAACGAGUGUGACAUUGUGAAUGAAUGUGACACUGUGAACGAGUGUAACACUGUGAAGGAGUGUGACAUUGUGAACGAGCGUGACAUUUGUGACAUUGUGAACGAGCAUGACAUUGCUAACGAGUGUGACACUGUGAACGAGCGUGACAUUGUGAACGAGUGUAACACUGUGAACAUGUGUAACACUGUGAACAAGUGUGACGCUGUGAACGAGUGUGACACUGUGAACGAGUGUGACAUUGUGAACGAGUGUGACACUGUGAACGAGUGUGAUAUUGUUUAA